AGCUUUAUGGGCCUCGUAAAACAGCUUUAGGACGUUUGAUAGAUUACUCAUAGAAUUCUUCCCUCUGAUUCUUUUUUCAAUGUAGUAUAAUGUUUUCUAUGGUAAAAACCCAUAUAGUACUUGCACAUAGGUUGUGUACACUUAGGCCUAUUAUAGCCUACAUACUGCAUUAUUGUCAUGGUAGGUAACAUGUCAACUACAAGGCAAUAACAUCUUUGUGGGACAUAGAAGGGAAGUUACAAAUCCAAUUUGUGCAAUAUGUUACAAUUUCUUGUGCUUUAAGGUCCCUGAGUGCAUCUUUAACAUAUCAUACAAAUUGCAAAAUUCAUAAAGUAUCACACGAAAUGGAUGACGUAGUACACAAUUGAUGACAUGAUACACAAAAAAAUGGGGACCCGUUUUUGACCGUGAGCAUCAUUUUCAAAACUACCGACUGAAAUUCUACAAAAUUUGAGAGAACACAUUUUUGUUGCUUUUAUAAAAUGUAAAAUUCACUAGAACAAUGCACAUGCUUCCUUAUGUUCUUAUUGUGUGUAGCUGAAAAUCAACAUUCUUCUCCGAGUACUAGCUUUCUAGUAAGGAAAUGGAGGCUGACCAUGUCAACUCCAGCGCUCCCUUUUUACCCAUUGAUCUAGUUAUACUUGUCGGAGCAAAGACUCCUGCGAGCAUGAACAACAUCAACCUUGAAGAUAAAGCUCUCACCAUCCUUUUCUUUCUCUUUUUUCCCCAAGGAGAAAGUAGGGCAGGAUGUCAAGGCUGAGAAGAACCAUUGGGCUGUCUGAGCAGACUCCAGCCCAGGGGGUGUUGAGUGGGAUGGGAGCCAGGCUAGAGCUGCAGCCAAGGGGGAGAUAAAGUUUCACCCCUGGGUCCAAUGCGCCAAGCUCUGGUUCUCACACUGGACUAUAUUUCACCAUGUGGUGUAUAAACCUGAGGAAUGGGCCAGAAGGUUUAAACCCUGGUAAUGAUGAUAAAUUAACACAUGGAUGAAUUGAGUUGUGGCACUUUCAACAUAGCUCUCCUAACUCCAUACUUACUCCCUAAAGACAAGCUGUAGCUUAUGGGUUUUAAUUAGUUAAUGUAUUACUAUUGUUUCUGGCAGCUGACUCAAAACGCAUAGGAGACUGGAAAGCCUAAAUUAAGUGAUAUAGCUCUACCUAGUAAAGAAAAGUGCAAGACAUCGUUUUGUAGCAUGUGUGAGGUAUUUCUCCCAUUCUGCUGGCUUCAAUUGCAAAUAGGUGUGCUUGGUAGUGAAAUAACUUAACAUGUAGAGCAUAUUUUGCUAAUUUAAGAAAUGAAGAACAUUGUACAUUAGAAAAUAUCUCAGUGCACUGCCAGCACUGCCUGACACCGAGGAGUGAAACUGGACCAAUGGAUGAGAUUACUUCGCGCCCUUGACUCCUCCCAAACAUGACCACAAGAAAACCCCAUGUUAAACUACUACAUAUUCAGAACAUUGUCAGUGGUCCUCUACUGAUGCUGAAGAACACCUGAAUGAAGGCAUUGCAGCUUGACGUUUCGAUUUAAAAAAAAAAAUACUAUUUAGCUAACAACUAUGAAUUGUUACAUUCUGUCCAUAAUAUGGGCGAUAACAUUACCUGCGUGCAUGGCCAUCCACGGAUUAUACAAUUUCGGUCAACCCGAGUUAUUCUACAAAAAGAAUAACUGCAAACCCAUCCCGGCCAAUCUUCUCCUGUGUCAUGACAUCGAAUACACCGAGAUGCGCCUCCCGAAUCUUCUCGGGCACGAGACCAUGAACGAGGUUUUGCAGCAAGCCUCUUCCUGGAUUCCACUGGUCCAGAAGCAGUGUCACCCCGACACGAGGAAGUUUCUUUGCUCUCUCUUUGCACCGGUGUGUCUGGACGAUUUGGACGAGACUAUCCAGCCGUGCAGGUCGUUGUGCGAGAGCGUCAAAGACGGUUGCGCGCCGGUGAUGUCCGCAUUCGGGUUCCCGUGGCCAGAUAUGCUUGACUGCGAGCGCUUCCCGCCCGACAAUGACCUGUGUAUCCCUCCAGCGGGCAUCGAUCAUUUCAUGCCAGUCACCAAAGAAGUGCCCAGAGUGUGUGACGCCUGCAAGGAAAAGGAGGAAAACGACAAUGAGAUAGUUGACAACCUGUGCAAAAAUGACUUCGCCCUGAAGAUCAAGGUAAAGGAGAUCUCCUACAUGAACGGCGACACCAAGAUCGUGCCCGAGACCAAGAGCAAGACCAUCUACAAGCUGAGCGGCGUGACUGAGCGCGACCUGCGCAAGACGGUGCUCUGGCUCAAAGAUGGCCUGCAGUGCGUGUGCGACGAGAUGAACGACAUCAACGCCUCCUACCUGGUCAUGGGCCAGAAGAUGGAUGGCCACCUGGUGAUCACCUCGCUCAAGCGCUGGCAGCGGGGCCAGCGCGAGUUCAAGAGGAUCUCGCGCAGCAUCCGCAAGCUGCAGUGCUGAGCGACGCAAGACUCAAGAUCAGAUGAGUCUUAUCUAAACUCUAGGAGCCGGAUCUGGUCUGAUCCGGAUGCAACUAGUUCUGUCAGAAUUGUUAAACGUCCAGUUUAUAGUACCAUGUGUUUAGCACUGCCGUAGGCUACUUUUCAACAAUUGCAUGGUUUAUUAGGAUCUCAUUUGAGCCAUCAAAAUAGUUCUUAAGACAAAACAAAUCACAUACACAUUACAGUAAAAUCAAAGACUAACAGGUGCGUCUGUUGUAGGCCUAGUACACAGUCCCACCUGUAAUGUUGUCUGCAUUUUUCAGUGUUUCUGAAAAGAUUAAAUCAUUAGUUACCAGUCAUUUUUUUCAUGAUUUAAAUGCAGUCUGUUAGGCUCCACUUAUCCAGACUUGAUGAUGAGGCUGGAUACAUUUAGUGCAUAGGCCUAUCAUUAGGUGAGAGGAGAGGUGUGGUUUCUGUGUGCAUGGUGUGGUAUUUUUCAGAUGUAUUCUUUAAGAUGAUGAUAGCGAGACUAAGGUAUGUAAUGAAAUACAAUGUAAUGUGCUUUUUUUUUUUUUUAGUAUUAUUUUUCUCAAGCAACGAGAGAUAGCUGGCUAUAUUCUCUGCCUUUUUUAGAUACUACUUCCAAUGCACCCCUGGCGUUGGAAGUUCAACGGGCCAAAGCAAGGCCCAUAUCAUUGCAGUGACGACGAUCAAUUAUUUGACCCUCUGCAGUCAAUGGACGGUCAACUUUUUGUACAUGAGCCUCAAUACUGCACUGUUCCUAUUUCCACCACAAUUAUUGAUUUAUGAAAUAUGUUUCUGUUUCAAGCUUUUUUUACGUAAGUUCCUUUGACAUGCCAUUUCAGUUUCAACUUUUUUACGACAUUUAUUCUCACUAUGACAGCGUGUCUUAGGUAUGUUAACUAAGUAUAUCAGGAUUGUAUAUUAGUGGUCGAUUUGUGUUUUCAUUUCUUGGGGUGAAUGCAAAAAAAAAAUUGCAGCUGUAGUGUGUAUGUGUGUGUAAAAUAUUGCUUUAUAUAGUACUCUGUAAAUAUUAGAUAAACCUUGUAUUCUUGUACAUAGUUUUUGGGAGACAGCAGAAGUCGAGACAAGUGUGAAUUCAGAUGGUGAUAACUUUUUUAAAAUUACAACACUAAACAUAUAUUUGUAUAAUAUUAAUCUGAGAAGUGUAAUUCUUAUAAAUGAUCUGUUACUGCAUCUUUUAGUCCCUCUUAAUUAAAGAAAACAAUUCAAGGAA